AUGGCGAGCGUGAACUCAGCGACGCCGAUGAAAAAAGCUGAUCUAGGGUUAUUGGAAGAAGAUGACGAAUUUGAAGAGUUUCCUGCAGAAGGUAACACCUAUCCUUUUAUCGGUCACUUAUCGUAACUCCCAUUUCUUGUAGCACGAUAUUUUAAAGUUUUGUUUAGUGUUUAGUGUCUACGACUAUCGAGACAAAAAAGACAAGAAGUAAUUCAUCUUAUUUGAAUUUAGAGGAUCUUCGUUAAGUUGUUUUGAAUCUGAUCCCCUGGCCAUCGAUCUUUCACUUUCUUUAAUUUGCAUCACCUUGUUUAGACUGAAUUCAAGUGAUCCAGGUAAAUAUCCCAUAAAACCUCCAAUAGCUUUACAACGAAACAUGUGGAAUCGAGUUUUCAAAACUAUGUCUAGUACCCAAAGCUCAAGGCACUCUUUUAUACCUCCCAUAAAAGUAAUGAAAAAGAAAAAUCUUCCCGUCGCACACAGCUGUUUAAACAAGUUUCAUCUCACAACUGAAAAAUAUUUCUGAUAGGAAUUGCAAAAGGAAAGAAAAGCAAAGCGGAACAAUGCGAAUCACGAAAGAAUACUUUAUAGGUUUCUUUUAUUAAUUUUCAGAGGAAGAUUUCCAGUUAGCCUCAACUUCAUGAACUCAACCUAGUUUUUGUGGCUACUGUCCAAAGCUAUGAUGUUUGUGACCUUUGGCUCUUUUUAUCACUCAGACCAGAAUUAAAGCCCUUUUGAUUACUAAUAGAUACAGACCAACAAGUUCUUUGAUGGUCACCUCAUAAGAAUAAGAGCAAAACACAAAACAUCAGGAAUUUUGAAUUGCAAGAAUACUAUGCAAACUAUUUAUUUUUUGGCUAAUAAUAUACAUGGAAAAAUUACUCAGUUCUGACUGGUUGAGAUAGAUGCAGGUUUCAGGUAAUUCAGUGCAGAAGAGAGUUAAUUCAGUGCAAAGAAAGUAACAAAUCAGACAUUCUGAUUGGUCAAUAAUCAAAGAAACUCACAGACAACCAAUCAAAUGCGAGCCUUGGAUAUCACAACAAAAUUUGAAAAUUUGUGAGAGAAACAAUGGCCAGUGUUUUAGGUAGGUUUUCUUUUGCCACCGCAGCUGAAAAACAGCUCAAACAAUGAAAAACACAGUAAAAAGCACUGCUUUUUGGUUGUUGGUUUGAAAAAAGUGGUGUUUAGGGAAGGGAAUAGCCAUUCAUUAUUAGUAUAGGUAAUCACAUGAUUUUGAGUGCAAUUUGGAAUAAAUAAGCAGGAGUAAAUUUUUUCAGACUAACAAAAUUGUACAAGCCUGUAGGGUGAGUGCAAUUUGUGGUCUUUAAAAAAAUAAACAAGUGUUUAUUUAUUCCAAAUUGCACAAGAAAUAUCAUGUGAUUAUGUGUCAAUAAUAAUCAAGAAAAAAUAAAAGAUGGCUUAUCAUAAUUAAGCACAGGCAAAGCGCGUGCGUCAAGUGCAAAAAUAAUUCAUUCAAACUGUGCAUUCAGUCAAAACAACCGCAUAGGAUCAAAACAAUAAUAUGCAAUGGUAUCUUCACAUCUUUAAGGCACAAAAAAGUUCAAAGUCCGGCGAAACAGUUCCAGGAAUUGUUCAGUCUGUGUCUGAAUCACUUUUGACGAAAUGGAAUUGUUGCUUCCAAGGGUUAACCAUGUUUGUUUUUAAUUUUGGUGUUGUAUUGCUUGAGUAGGGGUUUAAGCUGGGUCAGUUUGUAAUUUUCGAUUUCCUUGCAAAUUGACCUAAGGUGACUUGUGUUAUUAUUUUAGCUAUGCAAACUAAUUAUAAAUGGUAUGACUGAGCAAUAUUACAUCUGCAUGGUAUGAUUUCUAAUGUGGUCUUUGCUGAGUAAUGGAGCUCUACUUUCUAAGGUUUGGUAUUACAUGUAAAAUAUCUUAUUUACUAUGGAGGGUGUCCUCUCAUCAUUUACUCAUGGGUUAACCACCAUUAUGGUAACUCUUUUACCAGAGUGGACAGCUGUGGAUGAAGACCAGGCUGACAUACAUGUUUGGGAGGAUAAUUGGGAUGAUGAUACUGUAGAGGAUGACUUCUCAAAUCAGCUAAGGUACAACGUGGGUACUUACAAAUUACCACCUAUGACUUAUUCGUCUUAGAUUGUGUAACAUAUCAAAGCACAAGGGACAUCCCAAUUUCUUGUCCCUUCAGUGGAGAAAUAUUUUGGCAGUGAAAUAAAUGGGGCAUCAUUGUAAAGAAAUUUCUAAGAAAUGUGACAAACUACUGAAAAGAGACAAACUCAGAAGACUCAAAGCUGAUCAAGGAUAUACAAAUAUCAAGUUAGAAGUAACCUUUAUCAUGGUUCUAGUUGCCUUAUUAAAGUUGGUGAGUCAAGUUUGUAACCAUGCUAUAUUUCUUCAAUUACUAGUUGCACAAAUUUGUGUUUUAAUCAGCAUUAGUAAAUGGUCAGAGAAAUAGUUUUGUCUCCCCUUGAUUUUAAAACGUGAUGGUUGUUUUUCAGUUUCUUUUAAAACAGAUAUGGAAUUUUAAAAUGAAAAAAAUUCAAAAUGAAUACCGAAGAGUAACCUUUAGUACCAAAGUGUGCUGACCAUUUUGAAGACAAGGAUUUCAGACAGCUGAACUAGGAGAUUGAAAGAUUGCACCUGUCCUUCAUUAUGUUUAUGGUCAACAAGUGGCUAUUUCCAAAAGAAAUAAUGCCACUAAGACCACUGCUAGUCAUUUAGUUGUUUAAGAACUAUGACCAGCAGGUGACCUUAGGCAAUUUCUUGAGUUUCAACAUCCAUGGCUAUGUAUUCUGAGAAAGGGUAAACUGAGCAUUUGACAUGACAUUUAUAAAUCCCCUUUACGGCUUUACAGAUCUCAACAAAAUAUAGUGUCACUUUAAUCUUAAGUCACAAAAUCACCUAAAAGUGCUUUAUGAGAUACAUUUGCUUCCCUUUUGUGCCCAUUUCUUUUUUUUUUCAAAAGUUUGUUUUUCCAGUUCAAGGCUGUUUAUAAUCUCAAAUACAAACUCCAUAUCUUUUGUUGCUGAUUCCUAUAAACCACAGUCUUUUGAGUGCUGAUUUAUCAGUGAAUAGGCAAGAUAAGAAGCAAUAUCACCAAUUAGAUGUUGUCUGCAGCAUAUACUUUAGCAGCCAUUUUGAAUUCUUGUUUACCCAUUUCAAACCACAUUACCACAUAGCUAAAAAUGUCUCUUCCUGAGCAAACUCAGCUGUAAUAUCUCAAAAACAGUGUAUGCUAAUAGGCACUUGAACUCUUGAUCCCACAAAAAAGUUCAGGUCUAGCUGCAAAUUGCAUCCUCAAGAACAGCUGUAAAAUGAUGAGUUAAUCAAUGCUAAUAUAAGUUUCAUUUAUCCAUGUUUUUUAGGGCAGAACUGGAAAAGAAUGGUCACCAAGUGGAGCAAGCAGAGCCAAUGAAAACAUGA